GCGAUGCGGCACAGAGCUCAAUAUGUGCCUCUGCGUGUCUCUGGGUGCUCCGCAAAAUUGCGUCACACCAUCCAUAUGGCCUCCGACCACAUUUUCGGAUCAAGCAUAAAUUGGCUCUUAGGGGAGCCAGUCAACACUGCGUAGCAGAGCUGUCAAACGACUGAGAUGUCUUUAACCACUGCGAUUGUGUUUUAAUGAGAAAACAAAUGCCACAUAAGGUGUACUGCGAGUUCACAUUUCGAUUUGAGGGCUGUAAAGGGUUGCCAAGCAGUUAUCGAAAAUGUGAAACCUUCAUGGAGAAGUCCCCCACAGAGUUACCAGUGAAGAGACAAUGAUGGAUCGGAACAAGCGCAACUCCAUUGCCGGCUUCCCCUCCAUGAGGCCAGACCGUCUUGAUGACCUGGAUGGUGGAGGGGAGUGGGCCCCGUCUCAGCUGGGAAGAGUGUGCCCCUCGUCGUACCGCGCCCUCAUCAGUGCCUUCUCCUGCCUGACGCGCCUUGAUGACUUCAUCUGCGAGUGGAUUGGCUCCGGCUUCUUCUCAGAGGUCUACAAGGUACGCCACAGAGUGUCGGGCCAGGUGAUGGCUCUGAAGAUGAACAAACUGAGCAGUAACCGAGCCAACAUGCUGAGAGAAGUCCAACUGAUGAACAGACUGUCCCAUCCCAAUAUCCUCAGGUUCAUGGGUGUGUGUGUUCAGGAAGGCCAGCUCCAUGCUCUGACUGAGUACAUCAACGGUGGGAACCUGGAGCAGCUGUUGGACAGCAACAAGCCUCUGAGCUGGGCAGCCAGGAUCAAGCUGGCCUGUGAGAUCGCCAAUGGCCUGGGCUACCUGCACUCCAAAGGCAUCUUCCACCGGGACCUCACCUCCAAAAACUGCCUGAUCAAGUCAGAUGAGAACUGCUACACUGCAGUGGUCGGAGACUUUGGUCUCGCUGAGAAGAUUCCCAACUAUGAUGGUGAGGGGGAGAAGCUGGCUGUGGUGGGCUCUCCCUUCUGGAUGGCCCCUGAGGUGCUGCGAGAUGAACCCUACAAUGAGAAGGCGGAUGUGUUCUCCUACGGUAUUGUCCUCUGUGAGAUUAUUGCCCGAAUACAGGCCGACCCCGAUUACCUUCCUCGCACUGAAAACUUUGGCCUGGAUUAUCAUGCCUUCCAGCACAUGGUAGGAGACUGUCCUCCUGACUUCCUGCAGCUAGCCUUCAACUGCUGCAACAUGGACCCCAAGCUGCGACCCUCGUUCCCUGAGCUGGUAAAGAGGCUGGAGGAGAUCCUGUGUCGGCUGAAGGCCGAGGAGUCUGAACAAGAGAGGAUCCCCCUCAGUGAGGACAACGAUAAGAAAACCAUCCCUAAAGGUGACAAGGUCCAGGGGAUUAAGAGGUUGAACCCGUUGGGUCUGGAGGAUGAUGAUAAGAUCUCUCCCAAGUCACCUCGUCCUCGCCGCAACAUCUGGCUGUCCCGCAGCCAGUCCGACAUCUUCUCCCGCAAGCCCAGCCGGAAGGUCAAUGUCCACGACCCCUACUACAACCCGGGCCCCAGGGCUGUGCCAGGGGCCCGCAAGAUCAACCCCUUCAAUGCCCGCGAGGACCUGUGUGGAGGCAAGAUCAAGUUCUUCGACGUGCCCAGCAAGUCUGUGUUCUCCCUGAUGUUCGACCUGCACUCUUCUCAGGACAAUGUGUUCUCCUCUGGGACCCAGAUCCACUCUGGAGCCCACAUCCACCCGGGUAUGUGGCAGGAGACCUGGUUUACUGGCAGACAGUGCCGCUCUCUGCCCGCCUCCCCCCAGCUGGCCCUCUUGGACGGCUGCUGCCCCCCUGCCUCCUGCCCCCUUUCUGCCACUGUCUCCAAGUGUGACCCAGCCCAGCUGGGCCAAGAGGUCCGACAGAAGGUGCUCAGCGCCUGGGCCAGGAAAUAUGCUGUGAUGGAGAUCCCUCCAUACUGUGGAGGGAAAGAAACAAUAGAGGAGGAGAACAGAGUAGAUGAGAGCGGGUCUCUCUAUCCCAUGCCCAGUGACCGUACAGAGGCUAUGGACUGCUCUAGCAGCCAAAGGAGUCCAGAGGAGGACAACGUCAAGGACAAACCUGUCUGCUGCCCCAUGCAGGCCCAGAAUGGAGGCCCAGUGAGGGACAGUAGGGAUGCGGUGUCUGUGUCUGAGGAGAUGGAGGCUGAAGACCAGGAGGGCAUGCAGCAGCAGAGCACUCCCUGUCCAACUGUCACCAUCAGCCCAGCCACAAACCAAGACCAUCUGAAUCCCAUUGUACUGGUGCCAUGUACGGCCCCACGCCUCCACAGAACCGCCCUCUAAGUGUGACAUCAUCUAGGCCUUAAACAGGUCAAGGAGAAAGGGAGCCUUGUGUGAACUCGUUUUUAACCGAGAGACACUCCUCAGAUAGGAAUGAUGACGUGUGAUGAUCAAUGCUCUGCAGAUAACUUUUUUUUUUUUUUAUCAAGAGAUUUUCUAUUUAAUAUACUGAAAAACUUACUUUAUUUCUUAAAAAGGCACCCCUAAACCAGGGGUCUCAUAAUUCCUUGAGGUUCUGUGUGUAUGCUGGUUUUAAAUCACUGCCUUCUCCUUGAUAUUCAAUGGUAUUGUGUUUAUCUUCUGCCCCAUGUGGAGAUGUAGGAGAGUAGAUGCAUAUGAUAUUAAAGUAACACAUCUAACACUCUCUUACCAGGGAGAAAGGGUUGAAUUCUGAAUGAAAAGCAGCAUACUCACUGCCUAUCCAACAUUGAGACCCCCACCCCUGCAUCAUCUUGAUUAGUGGUAUUUCUGUACUAGACAAUGGUGCCUGCCAGAAAGGAGAGCCCAAGCCAGAUCCAGACCAUAUCAAGUCUAGUAAAGGAGUGUGGUUCACCAGACUAUAGAGGUCUCUUAUGGAGACUAAAAAUAGACUGCGCUUAAAUUUGCAGUAAAACCAAAUAGUUUGUGUAAAUGUGCACGCCCACGUGCACUGGAAAUCGUUUGUACGUACCUUUUUAACAUUUCUAUGAUUUAAGUGUUUGGUAUAACCUGAGUGUACAAAACAUUAGGAACAACUGCUGUUUCCAUGACACUGACCAGUUGAAAGCUAUGAUCCCUUAAAUUCACCUGUUAAAUCCACUUCAA